AUGGCCAAACGCUUCCAACAGAGCUUCGACAGAGCGAUCAACUCGAGAAACAGAGAUGCGGUGCUCAAUCACCUCACCGACUCGUUCACCUAUCAGGGAUGGAACCGUACUGUGCCCAUGGUCAUCAGCAGAUGUACGGUAUUCUAUUGGAGUUGCACACAUCAGAAGCAUGAUCCUUUCAGGGGUGUUCGCGGAUUGGGUGCUGGCGAGUCGUGGCAUUUACGGAGAUGUCUAUGAGGCGCGCUUCUAUCAGGACAACAAUGUGAUCUACAAGAUGCGCUACUACACGACUGUGAUUCAGGCGUAUAUGGCUUACAGCGGGAAGGUCAUGAAGUUGUACAUGGGCGAGGAUAUCAGUCGUCGCUGA